AUCGAUUUCUAUGUCUCAUUACUCUAUAUAGUUCUUUUACUCUUUUCAACAUGGCUGCCUCCACAAGCCACCUCUGAUAUUCGCCGAAUUUUGGUGAAAAAUUAGGUAAAUCUUAGAACAGACUAUAUCUUGAAGGUCGAGCAACUUAAUAGAAACGGUGACGAGCGCAGGAAAUCUUGCUCUUCAUUUACUUCGUAAAUAUAGUGGAAUUUAUUGAUCAUCAAAAAUGCUUAUCUAUGAGUUCCGUGUGUUACUGCCGAUGACAACAGAGGAAUACCAAGUUGGUCAACUUUUCUCUGUCGCUGAAACUAGUAAAAAUGAAACUGGCGGUGGUGAUGGUAUUGAAGUUUUAAUAAAUGAACCAUUUAAAUCGGAAAAAGGUAUUCAACCUCCGGGAAUGCCGGGAAAUUUCACGGAGGGGCAGUACACUGAAAAAAUCUAUCACAUUUCGAAAAAAGUACCGAGAUUUCUCAGAAUGGUUGCACCUAAGGGUUCAUUAGAAGUUACUGAGAAGGCAUGGAAUGCUUAUCCUUAUUGUAAGACAGUCCUGACGAAUCCGGGCUAUAUGAAGGAAAAUUUUGAAUUGAGCAUCACUUCUAUGCAUAUUGACAACGACCAAGGAAUGCAAGAUAAUGUUCAUGGUCUUACGAAAGAAGAACUAGCAAAGAGACAAAUUGUCUACAUAGAUAUAUCCAAACACCAGCAACAACUACCUAACAGGAGUGACUAUAAAGCUCAUGAAGAUCCACUUAAGUUUCACUCUGAUAAAACUGGGAGAGGUCCUCUUGUUGGACCAGAAUGGUGGAGGCUUAUGAAAAAUCAUGGCAUGCCUGUCAUGUGCGCAUACAAAUUGGUUAGAGUACAUUUCAAGUGGUUUGGCUUACAAACACGUGUUGAGAAGAUGGUCCAAAAUCAGGAGGAGAGGAUCUUUACUAAUUUCCAUCGUCAGGUGUUCUGUUGGAUGGACAAAUGGCACGGUUUAACCAUGGAUGACAUCCGUCAAUUAGAGGAAAAAGUUAAAAAAGAACUAGAUGAUCAGAUUAAACAUGGUAGUGUAAGAGGGACUUGUGCCGAAGGCGACUAG